CUUUUCUCCGCUGAAUUGAACUCCGAAAUCUCCUCCUAAUCGCCUGCUAAGUUGAGCAAAAGCUACUUAACUUCACCAACCAAAAUCCAAAUUAUUCAUAUAUUUCGAUUUGAUUCGAAUCGAUUCAAUCCAUCGAACAGAAUGUCGUCUCCUCCCACUCUCCCGAUAUCGAGCCCUCAAGCGAACAUCUCUUUGGGCGGUCAAUCUCAACCUCCCAUUGCAACUCCGGCUUUCCGUGCCUUCAUCAGCCGCUUCUAUGAAUCCGUCCGACAAGGCUUCUCCCAACGACGCCCGUGGUUGGAACUUCUGGAUCGCACCUCCUUCGCCCGUCCCGACUCCCUCACCGAGUCUGCAUCUCGCAUUCGCAAGAACUUCUCCUACUUUAGGGUUAAUUACUUAACCCUCUUGGCCUCUGUUCUUGCCCUCUCUUUGCUCUCUCACCCCUUCUCACUCUUCGUCCUCCUUUGCCUUCUUGGUUCCUGGUUCUUCCUCUACCUCUUCCGCCCCUCUGAUUCCCCUCUAGUGCUUUUCGGCCGAACCUUCACAGAUCGGGAGACUCUUGGUGUGCUUGUCGUAGUUACUGUCGUUGUCGUCUUCCUCACUAGCGUUGGGUCGGUGCUUAUCUCCGCACUCAUGGUCGGAUUGGGGAUUGUUUGUACCCACGGUGCCUUUAGGGUUCCUGAAGAUCUGUUCCUCGAUGAACAAGAACCUGCUAAUGUCGGAUUCCUCUCGUUCCUUGGUGGAGCCGCCUCUUCCGCCGCCGCUGCCGCCGCACCUGCCGUCGCCGCACGUGUCUAAGGAUCUCAUCUGAUCUGAUGGUGACGACGACGAGGUUGGUUGGACCAAGCCUGAUUGUUCUUUGUUAAAUUAUUUUUGCUAGAAAAGAAGAUACAUUGGAUCGGUAUUCUUGGGUUAGUCUUUUUUAGUCCCCGUCUUUUCUCUUGUCUCUAUAUAUAGACUGGAUCUAGUACCAACAAUUGUAGAUCUGUUCUCAGUUCUUUUGUACUUCAGAUAGAAAUCUAUGUAAUUUCUGA